AUGGUGACUAAAUUGUCAAAAGCGUCCACUUGCUUCAUCCCAGAAUUUCCUCAGUUCACACGUGGUGGUGGUGGUGGUGGAGGGGGUGGAGAUGGUGGCUCUGGCUCUAGCUAUAGAUCGGAUUAUGAUGAAGGUGUAGGUGAAGGACGGGGUGAAAGUGAAGCAUACGGCAACGGUGCUGGUGGCGGAGGCGGCGGAGGUGAUGGUGGAAAUUGUCGUGGCUUUAGCUAUGGACAAGGUUCUAGCUUUGGCUAUGGCUUCAGUGGUGGUGUGAUAGGGAUGCAAGUAGCCAAUCUUACUAAUCUAGUGGAAGGAGAUAGUGAGGUUCAGAGAACAUUGUUGAAAAAGCUCCGGACUAAGGCAGUUGGGGAAGCAGAUAAUGAUAUUGACAGCGCCGAAUCUUCUACCAUAGCUGAACCAAGAACACUUUUGGAGAAUGAGAGACCAUUUGAAGAGUACAUUUCACCACAAGAGCAUGAUCCUAGCCUAGAAGAACUAUUGGCAAAAUAUAUUCAAGGAGAUGUGGAUCCCUUUGAUGAACAAUCUCAAGAGAAAAAUUUGAACUUAGAGAAUGUGUUCGCUGAAUUUAUCCAGAACAUUGAAGCCAACAUCAAAACUUUUCAGAUUUCACAACAAAAUCAACAAGACUCCAUUCAUGACUUAGAGAACCAAAUUGAGCGACUUGUUAAAGAAGUUCCUCUUGAAAAUAACAAGGAAGUGUGCGAGAGCGAUGAGGAAAUGGGGGAGAAAGGACAAGAUGUGUAG